AUGAAACUGCUGCUGCUUGUCCUUCUGGUGGUGAUUGAAUACUUCUUAAUAGCUGUAGCCAACGAUGACGUACGGAGAAGUACCGUUCCGAAGAAUGCUCCUACGUCGUCUGAUAACGAAUCCCAGCAGUUUCAAAUUCCACCAGGAACAAUUGUGACGUUUGCAGGUGCUAUUAUUCCCAACGGUUGGCUUAAAGCAGAUGGAUCGACCGUAUCUCAGCAACGAUAUCCGGCUCUUUUUCAAGUCAUUGGCGAUUCCUAUGGCUCUGGAAACCAAGUAAAUACAUUCAAGCUGCCUGAUCUUCGUGGUCGAGUAAUUGUUGGUAGUGGCAAAGGAGUGGGUCUUACUAAUCGACUGUUAGGCAAUCAAUUUGGAUCCGAGCAGCAUGUGCUCACUCAAAAUGAAAUGCCAGCUCAUACUCAUCUAGUGAACGAUCCUGGACAUAGUCACGAUAUGGGAAGUCCUGCACGUGGUCAAGUCUGGGGUGUCAGAUCUGACAAUGUUCACUAUUGCUAUGGAGUCGAUAAUGGUGGUGUUACAAACAAUCCACCGACAUUGCAAGCCCAGACAGGCGUUACCGUACAGUCAGUGGGUGGUGGUGCUCCUCAUGAUAUUGUCCAACCAUCAAUGGCAUUCAAUUACAUAAUCAAAUAUUAG